AAUCAGUCGGUUCUCGCACAGACAGUAUCAAACGUUCAGCUGGCUGUCGACGUUGUUACUGAAUAAAAUUAUGGCUCUCCUUAUUAAUAUUAUAAAAUGCGAGGCGCAAUUUGCUCGGCGAACUUACGCUAGCGCGCCAACCGUUAAAAUGUACUUAGAUGGCCAGUUCGUAGAGUCGAAGGCUACAGAAUUCACGGAAGUUCACGACCCGGCAACCAACGAACUCUUAUGUCGAACCCCGAAGUGCACGAAAGAGGAAAUGGAACAGGCGGUGACGAACGCGAAAGCUGCUUAUGAGAAAUGGAAGAAUACCAGCGUGUUAACUAGGCAAACGUUGAUGCUAAAAUACCAAGCGCUUAUAAGGGAAAAUUCGAAAGAAAUAGCAGAGAACAUGGUGAAAGAAAAUGGGAAAACGAUGGCCGAUGCGGAAGGUGACGUUCUUCGGGGACUACAGGUAGUCGACGCUUGCACCGCAAUACCUUCCCUACAAAUGGGGGAAAGCACGCCAAACAUUGCCACAGAUAUGGACAUAAUUUCCUACAAAGUUCCCUUAGGUGUGACUGCCUCCAUUUGCCCCUUCAAUUUCCCAGCCAUGAUCCCAUUAUGGUCUUUCCCUAUCUCGGUCUCCUGUGGAAACGCGACCAUCUUGAAACCGUCCGAAAGAGUUCCCGGGGCUUCAAUGAUUCUCGCUCGAUUGUUCAGCGAAGCCGGGGCUCCGCCGGGAUUGUUAAAUAUCAUUCACGGCCAGCACGCGGCUGUUGACUUCAUCUGCGAGCACCCGGACAUCAAGGCUGUAUCUUUCGUUGGUUCGGAUCAAGCGGGAAAAUACAUAUAUAAGAAAAGCAGUGCCAAUGGAAAGCGCGUGCAGUGCAACAUGGGAGCAAAGAAUCAUUGCGUCGUGCUUCCAGACGCGAACAAGAAUAAAACUAUUUCUCAGAUAGUUGGGGCGGCUUUCGGAGCUGCUGGUCAAAGAUGUAUGGCCCUGUCUGUCGCUAUAUUUGUUGGAAAAUCGAGGGAUUGGAUUCCAGAAUUAGUUGCAGCAGCCAAGAAGUUGAAUGUCAACGCUGGAAGUGUCCCAGGAACGGAUCUGGGUCCGGUCAUAUCUCCACAAUCGAAGCAGAGGAUUUGUGAAUUAGUGGAGAGCGGAGUCAAAGAGGGAGCGGAUUUAGUUUUGGAUGGGAGAGGAAUUGUUGUUAGCGGAUUUGAGAAAGGGAACUUCGUCGGACCGACUGUACUAACUAAUGUCCAAGUAAGUUUAUUUGCAGUUUGAAUAUACCUAAUGAA